AUGCUCGCCCCCUGGUCUCGAUUGUGGACGCUACUUUGUCUCCUCUUGGUGUUUCAGCUUGUCAGCGGGGAGGCUUUCAGAAUAUCUCCAAGGGCGGACGACGAUGAGCUCCCAAAGACAACAGCCAUUGAGUCGAAAAGAGCACAGAGCAGUACUACCGAAACCGCCGAGGCUACGGGCAAGAAAACCGAAUCUUCUCAGCCCACAAGCUCCCUGUCAAAGAGCGAGGCCACUUCGGUGACCGUCACGGCAACUGAGAAAUCGGAAAGUUCAGACCCUACAUCGACCAGCACAGAUGGUCCCUUCCAAAGUGGACUUGAUGAUUCUUCCUACUACAAUGCUACAAUACCCGCUGGUCAGCUUCCCAUUGAGCCAAGGCUCACACCAGGGUGGGGUGUUGCGGGAACUAUCAUGCUGCUAACCGGUGUUGCGUAUGCUCUUGUCGGAAUCAAGAAUCGAAUGAUCCAUACCUUCUUUUCGACUGCUUUCGCUGCAUCCCUCUGUGUUACGGUACUGAUCGUAUAUGUCAUGAAGGCUGAAGUCAGCGAUGCUUUGCAGGGAGGCUAUGUGGUUGCUGUCGUCAUCUCCGGCUGUAUCCUCGGUGCAGCUUCAAUGUUUUUCAGGGAAAUCACUGAGGGCCUAGGCUGUGCUCUGGGUGGUUUCUGUAUCAGCAUGUGGCUUCUUUGCUUGGUCCCAGGUGGGCUGCUCGGACCUGUUGUGUCCAAAGCUAUUUUCAUCGCUUGUUUUACAGUAGGCGGGUUUGCCUUUUACUUCAGCCAUUAUACGCGAGACUGGGCACUCAUUCUGAUGAUCUCAUUCUCUGGUGCCACAGUUACGGUGCUCGGUAUCGACUGUUUCAGCCGAGCUGGGCUAAAAGAAUUCUGGGCUUAUGUCUGGGAGCUCAAUGAUGAUUUGUUUCCUCUUGGCGCCACUACUUAUCCAGUCACGAAAGGCAUCCGGGUUGAGACUGCAGCAAUUAUCAUCGUCUGCCUGUUUGGAAUCAUCUCACAGAUCAAGCUAUGGAAGCUGGUUCGCGAAAAACGCGAAAAGAAGGCGGAAGAGGCUGCCGAAGGGGAGCGCAGCCUCCGCGAGGAAGAAGAGCAAGUCGGAAGGAACAUCGAAGAGGCGAAUGCGCGUGAGAGACGCCAAUGGGAGAGGGUCUACGGGGAUGGCGAUGCAGGAAGCUCGACGAUCUCUCAUAUUUCGGAUGGCGGCGAGACCUCCAACGAGAAGAAUAACCGCACGAGCCAAACCGACUCUUCGAAAAGACAAUCCGCCUCAAUUGUUGAGGUUAUCGAGAUGACAGACAUGCCCGACUCUGAGCAGUUUAAGAAGCAGCCUACCACUGCCAUGAACCUGAUGUCUUCGGAACACAACAACGAUGGCAGAGUCACGGUUCAGGUAGCUUCAGAUGAUAUCACUCCAUCGGCAACAGAGACCGUGAACCAUGUGGCUGACAGCAAUGUACUUACCUCGGCCCCUGAGAGUAGACGUAUCUCUACGCAAUCAUCUGUCGCUAGAUCCGUUGCCCCUCCUGUUAUACCUCUUCCAUUCACUAUUCCUGUCGCCAAUGACGACAAUGACGCCUGUACCAACGACGACCGUUCAUCAGUGGCAACAUUUGCUGAUGAAGAUGACAAUGAGCUACAUACACCUAGCCACCGACGCUCACUUGCGAAAAGAUUAUCUCGUCUCUCUCGUGGAUCAAUGGAAUUGCUUGGAAAUAUGUCCCACCGAUCGAGUCGUGUUCUUGGAGAGUCUCAGGAACAUCAACAUGGUGAAAGCAGCGACGAAUUGGUCAUUCCACAAAGGCAAUCUCGCGACGAUGACGGCUCAGUUGCGGCGACAAUCGACGACGGGAGUGCAAGCGGUGACGACAAGUCGCGCGCAACCCAUGAGGUGCGAAAGAGCUUUCAAAUUAACGCGGAGCUUUCUGGAAACGACAACGAUGAUAAAGGAAACACGCCUGAAACUCAGCAGGACUCUUCCACGGCUGUUAGUGCGAAUGGUGUGGCCAAUCCUGACGAAUCCAAGCGACAAGAAGGAGACGUUGCAGAAGGCAUGAGUAAGAGCAAGUCUGUAACAUCAGGUUCCUCAGCUCGUGUUAGCUUGACCAAAGAUCGGCUCCCCCGAUCACUUUCCAAGGUCGCAUUGUCCUACCGGACUAACGAAUGGGCCAAGCACCUGAGCAACGCAGAUGUCCCCGAGCUUGAUGAGAUCCAUAUCGCUGCACCUAGAAGCCAAACCGCACCCACGACUGAAGCACCAGUUCCAGUACACGUGGAAGAGCUGCGCAAGUCCUCCAACGAAGGAACCCCGGUACCGGCAAUUACACGGUCGGACUCGCGAGCCUCUAAUGUCUCCCACACAGCACCCCGACGGGGUUCAAAACAGCAUGUUCCUGCAGCACUCGCUCUUUUAACCGGCGAGAGUCAGCAUCGUAGCCCUGGCACAACUCCGACUAGCGCCAACAUGCCACGGUCAUCCUCUGGAGGGUUACGGAUGACGUCGGGAGUAAUUUCAUCUAUCGCAGAAGAACAAGCUGUAUCGAACCAAAUGUUAUCUACUCCUUCGGGAGAAGCAAUGGCAUCGCAAACCCUAGGCGUUCCAGGUGUUACAGAAAGCCAGCGUUCAUCGACGCCAGGUAUUGUAUCGUACUCGAGCCCUCAAACUCUUCUUGGCCAACGGGAAAUGUAUCUCCGCAACAAAUCAGUAGGAAAUUUGUUGGCCGGCUCUUCAGAAGCCAACCUUCCCGCUCGUCAUAGAGCCUCAAGCGACGCCGGGUCGCUGCACAAUUACCCGAUGUAUGCUGCCGCUGUUGGAGUGGACGUUGACGAUUUGCCAUUAAGCAAAAGAAAGGAACUUAUCCGACAGAGUAGCUUGAGCCCCUCAAACUCGACGCCAUCGCUUCAACGUCUCAGUGGCAGUAGCAACUUCAACAGCUUCAACACUUCAGAGGCGCUCUUAAACUCUCAUCAACCUCAACGCGUGUCGACACUCCCCACUUCUGCUGCCCGUGAGAAUGCGCUUGCCAACUUUCGACAGUCAGUUCAACAGGAGUUACGCGCGGGUACACCCGUUAUCAGUACCUCCGGCCGGGAGACCCCAUUCACUCCGUCCUCUCUCCUAGCCAGUCGGGAAGUUGAGGUCCAACGCAAUGUCGAUAUGAGCCGAAAUAUCCUGCUGAGCCAGAAGCAAGCUGAGGCCCAGCGCCGCGAAUCAAAACAGCGAGAGAAAGAAUGGGCUGAUAAAGCCUUUGACGAGCGCAUGCGAAAUGGAGACCUUCUCGACAUACACCGUGAGGCUAUGCGAAAACUUCAAAAGAACGCUAAAGACAUGUAA